AUGGAUAGGAGCUCAGGUGUCAACGAUGCCAGUGAAGUCAAAGAGAAACCGAUGAAAUUUCUGAUAGAACUAGAUUUUGGCACCACCUUUUCUAGUGUAGCCUCUACACUUGUCAACGCCGGGGAGCCUCAGAAAGAGAGUCUUUUCACGGAAUGGGGAGAGGGACUUUCUGGCGAUAAAGUGCCAAGAAUCCUCAGAUACGAAAAUGGGGACACUAUUAGUUCCUGCUACUGGGGCUUCGAAGCUGAGAAAAUGAGCUACCCGGAGGAGAAAAUCCAUGAAUGCUUCAAACUCGGCCUCUGUCCAGAAAUUGAGCCUUCUCCUGCCCUCGGUUCUGAAAAAGUACCCAGAAACUGCUCAUCAGAUAUCUUGGGGGUGAAAUCUGCAAUUGAUCGGCUGUACAGCGAGUGGGAGAGAUCUAUGUGCCUCGAGAAUAGAUUAUCACUACCUGCAAUGUGGAGCUACGGAGCACGAGAAACAACGCGCGAAUGCGCAGUAGAACCAUUUCCAGGAGAUCCGAGUAAGAAGGACGAGCUUUCCACGAUUGCUAAGCCUGAGGGAGCGGAGCUAUUUGCUCUAUCCAAUAUGCUUGGCAUCGGCUUCGAGGCUGGCGACACGUUUGUGAUCUGUGAUGCUAGUGGCGGGUAUUUAUAA